ACAACAAAAAGAAACACCUAAGUUGUAUCAAUAACACUUUUCAUGCAUUACGAUGACUGACUAUUUGAUUACCAUUAAAAUGUAGUUCUUUUUUUUUAAUCUUCGCAUUUAUUGUUAUUUUUAAUGUUUGAAAUUACGAAUGAAUAAAUUGCAAAUCCAUGUAUGUGUUAUCAGGUUUAUAUUAAUUGAUUGGUGAGAUUGACAUACUACUUGACAACUCAGGGCAAUGAAUAAAGAAACUAUUAAUCUAAAAAUAGAAGUAAGAUCGUUGUAUUUUGUAUAAUUUGUUUAUUUGUUGUUAAAAGUUGGUGCUUACAUCCAGUAUGGUGCUAACAUCCAUAUUAUUUUGAACUGUCAUUAAUAAAUAAAUUUCAGAACGAACCAACAAUGGAAGUUCCUGGUAAACAAAAACCAAAAAAGACAUUUUCUGCUUCACGGGGCUCUGCUGAGGACUUCCUUUUGUUCUGUAUCCCGUGUGAUAGAGAUGGUGUCCGGGUACCAGCAAAAGGUUAUUGUUUAACCUGCAAAGAACAUCUAUGUGACACUUGUUACAAGCACCACAAGAAACAAACUCCAUCACGUCAUCAUAUUCUACUAGAUCAAGACUCUAUGCCAACUACACCAAGCGUUCCAAUCGUAAAAGACGAAUUUGAUAGUUGUGAUGAUCAUGAAGACGAAAAACUGAAAUUCUACUGCAAAGAUCAUGACAUCGUUGUUUGCAGUGUUUGUGUAACGCUGAAUCACAGGUUAUGUAAUGUGGAAUACAUACCGAAACUCUCGAAGCAUUUUCUAGACAGUGAAGAACUUAAUGAAAUAAUGGCAGAAAUGAAAGCACUGGAGGAUAGUUAUAAAUCACAAAUAAAGAGAGUAAAAGAUGAGUUGAAAGCUAUUUCUCAAAACCACGAUGGCGUAAUAAAGGCGAUUCAUCAAUUCAGAAAAGAAAUAAAUACACGUCUAGAUGAAAUGGAAAAAUAUGUUGUCAAAGAAGCUGACAACAUACUUCUUAAACAACAAACAAAUCUAAAUGAUUUAUCAUCAGAUGUACAAGAAAUCACAGAUAAACUGACUGAAAAACGAAAACGAAUUGAUAACCUGAUACAGAAAAAUUGCCUUAAUAAGUUGUUUGUUGAAAUGAAAGAAACAAAGAAACGAGUUGAAGAAAUGAGGCUGAAGCAAAAACAAUAUAGUCGUGAAGAUGUUUUCAAGACUGUAUCAUAUGUCAAAAACAGUGAUAUUGUCGAUAUGUUAGAUAGACACAAGCAACUGGGAGAACUUACGAUGAAAACAUCCAUGGGUGAAAAUGUUCCAAUGAUGAAACCUACAUCAACACCGUCUGAGGAUAAGAUGCUAAAUAUUGAGGUUGUUGAAGAUAUAGAUUUGAAUUCGUUAUCGGGUAACACAGAAUGUGACAUAACCGGUAUAGAAGUUAUUAAGCCCGAUAAGAUAGUUAUUUGUGAUAACAGCAGCAAUAAAAAUAUAAAAUGCUAUGAUACAGUUCAGAAAAAAAUUGUUUCAGAGAUAGAAUUAACUGAGUCACCAUUUGAUGUUGCAGCUAUAACGGAUGAUAAGUUUGUCGUUACUGUACCUGAUGGCACAAGUAUUCAUUUCAUGUUGCUGAGAAAUCAACACAUAGUUUCUGAACGUAAGGUAAAUAUCAACGAGGACUGUUAUGGUAUUGCUUACAGCCAAGAUAAAUUGUUGUGUUGUGUUAAUCCAGGGAAAGUUUUAAUUCUGGACCUGCAAGGUAAAAUAUUGCAACGGUUAAACGCAGAUAAAAGUCUGUUCAGCUAUCCCCAGUAUGUCACCGUGAAUACAGCUGGAACGUCUAUAUAUGUUAGUAACUGUGGUUCUACUGUGAAUGCUGUAAAACAACUAGACUGGCAGGGAAACAUUAUAAAUACAUAUCAACCAGCACAGGGAGGAAACUAUCUACGAGGUAUUUGUGAAUUAAAUGAUGGCACAUUUCUUGUCUGUUUGGCUCAAAAUAGUGACGACAAUUUGCGGAGAGUAUCAGACAGCUGUAAGCCAUGUAAAAUAACGAUAAAUGGUGAACUUGGCAGUUGGUUUCCUAGAGCUGUGGCAUAUUGUAGGAAGUCUAGAAGACUUUAUGUGUCUUAUUCUGAAACAGGGCCUUAUGAUCCAAAACAUCGGAUAAAAAUCUUUAAGGUUGACUGGUGUUAA